GUAAUUUACCCUUGUAAAAACAAAUCCGACGUCGUUUCACCGACGAAACCGUUUCGAAAUUAUAGACAUCCUCCUCCUCCCCUUCCUUAUCUCCCCCUCCUCCUUCUCCAUUGAAGAACAUGAAUACUUUAUUGCAGACGUCUGUCUACAAACCGCCGUUGUCCAAUUUCUUCUCCAUCAAUCCUACAAUCCCUAGAUUAAGUCCUCGAUUUCGCGGCAAAACCUGCUUCAAUAUCCAUGCAUCUUCAAACGAAUUAGGUACGAAAACGGUGGAGGAUGAAGGCAAAGAAGAGUACCAGGAAUCGAUUGGAGUGACGAACAAGAGUUCAGUCGGAGCAACAACGAGCAGUGGAGCAAUCGAGAAAGACCUAAAAAAGGUCGUUCAGAAAACCGCUGCAACGUUUGCACCGAGGGCGUCGACGGCUUCAAAGAACCCAGCGGUACCGGGAACAACGUUAUACACGGUUUUUGAGGUUCAAGCCUAUGCAUCAAUGUUGGUGGGUGGAGCUCUCUCUUUUAACCUCAUAUUCCCUUCAAAUGAACCUGAUAUAUGGAGAUUAAUGGGGAUGUGGUCAAUCUGGAUGUUCACUAUUCCUUCCCUUCGUGCACGAGACUGCUCAAAGAAUGAAAAGGAAGCUCUCAAUUAUCUGUUUCUCCUUGUUCCGUUGCUGAAUGUCACAAUCCCGUUUUUCUUGAAAUCUUUCGCGCUCGUCUGGUCUGCAGAUACUAUGGCUUUUUUCGCUAUGUAUGCAUGGAAGCUUGGAUGGCUACAGAAAACUGAUUAGGUCAUGCUGCGAAGAUCUUUAUGCAGAAAAACUAAUUGGGGUUUUGGAAUUUUUAUAGUUUAUCCAAGUACAAAAGGUCUGUUUACAAUAGGUAGGAAAAUGUAUAUCCUAUUUUUGUAUGUAUGUUCACAAUGUGUUUAAAAUUAGCGAUGAAAUUUAUACCUUUUGUGAUCCACAAUACAAAUGGACUCUUGGCA